AUGAGCAGACAAGAUGGCCCGCAACUGGUGAUAGCACACGGCUUGGAGUAUGCGGCUGAGGCACAGGACAGCUUCAAGUAUCCUGCCUAUGACCCGUGGCAUAUGCAGCCACCCGUGAUCUCCUCAAAUCCCAAGUCUGCAAACACUAUAACGUCGUCCAGCCAUGACCUCAACCAUACGCGCAAGUCAGAUUUACCGUUCGCUAUACCUACUUGGGCAUUUGGAAUGCUGGCCGUCUUGCUCGGGGCUGUUAUUGGCGGCUCCAUUGUAGGAGGGGUGCUGGGUUCCAUGCUUGUCAAUCGACCUCCUCUCUCAGACUCGCCCGCGGCAAAAGAUGCAUCUGUCAACACACCACCAGCAGCAGCGUCACCAACCCCGCCGUCUACGACAAAAGAUCCCAUCACACCAUCAGCGGCAUCGCCAACCACGGCGCCCACAGCACGUCUCGUGAAUUAUGCGGCACCUCCGCGAAGCGACAUCGAGAGCCUCUCGAUGCCGUGUCCUGGUAUGCACCAGCACAGCUUCAGGAGCUUUGACGAUCGAUUGUUCAGUCUGCAGUGCGAGAUCAACAACUUCGGCAUGGGGACGGACGGGAACGUGAUAGAAGACAUCACGGCGAUCAUGGCAUACAGGUGGCAAGACUGCUUUGAUGCUUGUGCCAGCCACAACAAACUCUUGAAAGGCCUGCCGAGUCACUUGGUGUGCCGGUCGGCCGUCUAUACGAUGGAUAUCAACCUGCCCUCUGUUGCGCGCCAGGGCGGCAAUUGCUUUUUGAAGAACUCGACGAGGCACCCGAGCAACCCGGGAGUCGGAAACGGGAUAAAUGUGUUUAGCGCUGAUCUUGAGUUGAGGCUCGAUGAAGAAGCGUAG